UAGUCGGUAGGACACUGGCAACAUUGGUAUCUAGCGUUCAGAUUCUUUGAAGAAUUCUUAAAGAAGACACAAAGAAGAAGUUAACACCUCUGAAAACCAGCGAACAUGGUCUUCAAUCAUCUUGACCAUCGCAUUGCUCGGAUGUUUUUAAGUGGCCGAAAUGGUAUCAACAUGGUCAUGAGAACCAUGUCAGCCGAUGCCAAGUACCCGAAUGGGAUGAGUUUCGGUUUGAAUGAAACGCAGAAAGAAUUCCAGGACCUGGCGAGAAAAUUUGCACGAGAGGAAAUCAUCCCAGUUGCCGCUGAACACGACAGAACUGGAAAAUUUCCAUGGGACCUUGUCAAAAAGGCGCACAGUCUUGGACUUAUGAAUACCCACAUCCCGCAAGAAUAUGGAGGUAUGGGCAUGGGUGUUUUUGAUGGUUGUCUUGUAGCUGAAGAACUUGCGUAUGGUUGUACAGGAAUUAUGACAGCACUGGAAGCAAGUGGCCUAGGACAAACACCAGUUCUAAUUGCAGGAAAUGAAGAGCAGAAGAAGAAAUAUCUUGGCCGGCUUGUCGAAGAACCUUUACUCGCUGCCUAUUGUGUGACUGAACCUGGCGCAGGGUCUGACGUGAAUGGUGUAAAAACCAAGGCUGAGAAAAAAGGGGACGAGUGGAUUGUCAACGGACAGAAAAUGUGGAUCACUAAUGGCGGAGUGGCAAACUGGUAUUUCCUUUUGGCGAGAACACACCCAGAUCCAAAAGCACCUGCUUCAAAAGCUUUCACAGGAUUUAUUGUCGAGAGGGACACCCCUGGGCUGACUCCUGGAAGAAAAGAAAUGAAUAUGGGCCAAAAAGCUUCCGAUACUAGGGGGAUAACUUUUGAAGAUGUUAGGAUCCCAAAAGAAAAUGUUCUAAUUGGUGAGGGCGCUGGAUUUAAAAUUGCUAUGGAGACAUUUGACAAGACAAGACCACCAGUAGCAGCUGGAGCAGUAGGUUUAGCUCAAAGGGCACUUGAUGAGGCUGUGAAGUAUUCACUCGAAAGGAAAACUUUUGGCGUACCGAUUGCUACUCAUCAAGCCGUAUCAUUCUUGCUCGCCGAUAUGGCAAUCGGCGUCGAAACUGCAAGGCUCGCCUGGCAGAGAUCCGCCUGGGAAGUCGACCAAGGGAGGAGGAACACUCUCCAGGCUUCCAUCGCAAAAUGUUAUGCAGCCGACGUCGCCAAUAAAUGUGCCAGCGAUGCUGUCCAGGUUUUUGGCGGGAAUGGUUUCAACAGUGAAUACCCCGUCGAAAAGCUCAUGCGAGAUGCAAAAAUCUACCAGAUAUACGAAGGCACCUCGCAGAUUCAAAGACUUAUCAUUUCUCGCGCUAUCAUUGACCGAGCAAAACAACAAUUAUAAAUAUAGUUUGUUUUUUAGAGGAGAUUGAAAAAAAGUAAAUUUUUAUGGUAUAGAUAUGGGGAUAUUUUUUCGCAUAUUUUUAAUCUUAAUUAUAUUCUUUAUGGUUUUAUUUGUUAAAUUUUAAUUUUAGUUUUGUUUGCACCAUUUUUUUCUACGAUUUUUGUAUGAAUUAGACUGAUUUUUGUGUGUGGAAUUUUUAAUUUUUGCUGAUAUGUACUUCGUAUAUUUUCGAAUAUUCUUCUGUAUUUUCUUGUAUAACGUACACAUUAAUAUAUAAAACUUAUUUUUUUAGAA